AUGACACCAAGGUUAACCACGUGUAACGACAUACUACAGGUUGUCAGGGCGAAGUCUAUAUUUUUGGACUUCAACAUGGCUGGACGCAGUGAAGAUGAAAGUGUAAGCAACAGUAGUGGAGAAUCAAG